CUCAGAAAGGGGCUAGAACCUAUGCUUCCCCACACCCUCCCGGGAAUUAUAGGCCCAGUGGAGCAAGAGCAAAGCUUAACGGAUGAAGAGGGGGUAGGGUGGGAGUUAAUUCUGCUAGUUUCAAAUAGGGAAACGGCCUUUUAACAUAUUUUAAGGAAGAUAUAUUGCUACAUAUAUAUCUGGGCUGCUGGUUGUAUUCAAAUACAUUUUAACAUAUAUAUCUGUCUCAUAAGAAGUGUUACACUUUCUAAAGAUGCAUGAUUAUUUUUUAAAAAAACUUAAAUUUAAACAUAAAUGAUUGUGAAAUAUGGAUAUGGAAGUUGUUAUUGAUUCCAAUUCCUUGUCAGGUAUAUAUUUGGCAACAAAUUGAUUUUUCCUAUUGCAUAACUCAUGAAAAGUGUUUGGAUGCAUGAAAAGUAUGAUAACAGCUUUAUAUUACAAAUUAUUGUACUAGCAGUAGAGAAAGUUGACAGAAAGAUCUGCCUUCUCUUCAGUACUAGUAAGUAACCCAAUACAAUAGAUUAGAUCAGAUUAAACAAAAUACUAUUAAUCAGCCUCAAUUAAAUUAUGGAAUUCAAUUCAAAAUAAGUGGUGAUCAUCAGUGGGUUAAAUAGCUUUCAAAAGGUUCAAUGAAAAGAUUUUAACCAAAGACAAUGUCCAUCAAAGCAAAAUGGAGCUGCCAGAGGCAAUAUACCGCUGAUCCGCAUGGCAGAGUGGAUUGCCACACCUCUGCUGUUUUCCUUGCCGACAGCAAUGUGGAAGGGCUGUGGGAAUAUCAGAAGAUGCUCGUUUCUUCUCAGAGACUGAUGCCUUUGCUGCUACUGCUGCUGCUGAAUAUUCCAACUGCUGUGAAAACUCAAGUCAACCCAGCUAUCUGUCGCUACCCCUUAGGUAUGUCAGGUGGGCACAUCCCUGAUGAAGACAUUUCUGCUUCAAGCCAAUGGUCGGAAUCCACAGCAGCCAAGUAUGGAAGACUAGGAUCAGAAGAUGGUGAUGGUGCAUGGUGCCCUGAAGUCCCUGUGGAACCGGAUGAUCUCAAGGAGUUCCUGGAGGUUGAUUUACAUGAGUUGCAUUUUAUCACCUUAGUAGGGACACAAGGGCGGCAUGCAGGAGGCCAUGGCAAUGAGUUUGCUCCAAUGUACAAAAUUAAUUACAGUCGGGAUGGUACCCGCUGGAUUUCUUGGCAAAACAGGCAUGGAAGGCAGGUACUUGAAGGAAACACUAAUCCAUAUGACAUUGUCCUCAAGGACCUGGAGCCACCUAUUAUUGGGCGAUUCAUUCGCUUCAUCCCAGUGACUGAUCACUCUACAAAUGUGUGUCUCAGAGUCGAGCUGUAUGGUUGUGUUUGGUUGGAUGGGUUGGUUUCAUAUAACACUCCAGCAGGGCAACAAUUAGUUCUACCCGAUGGCAACGUGAUUUACUUGAAUGAUUCAAUCUAUGAUGGUUAUAGCAUGACAGAAGGAUUAGGACAGCUAACUGAUGGGGUUUCUGGCUUGGAUGAUUUCAGCCAGAGCCAUGAAUAUCAUGUAUGGUCUGGUUAUGACUAUGUUGGUUGGAGCAACGAGAGCACCACGAAUGGACAUGUGGAAAUCACCUUUGAAUUUGACCGAAUCAGAAAUUUCACCACCAUGAAGGUUCACUGCAACAAUAUGUUUGCCAAAGGAGUAAAGAUUUUCAAGGAGGUGCAGUGUUACUUCCGCUCUGAUGCAAAUGAAUGGGAACCGAACACCGUGUCCUCGGUACUGGUACUAGAUGAUGUCAAUCCCAGUGCUCGCUUUGUUACAGUACCCCUUUUCCAUCGGAUGGCUAAUGCCAUCAAAUGCCAGUUCUACUUUGCUGAUACCUGGAUGAUGUUCAGUGAGAUUACCUUCCAGUCAGAUACGGCUAUGUACAACAAUUCUGGAGCCCUUCCUGAGUCUUCAGUGACUCCCACUACCUAUGAUCCUACUCUCAAAGUAGAUGAUAGCAACACUCGCAUCUUAAUUGGCUGCCUAGUGGCAAUCAUCUUUAUUCUUGUGGCUAUCAUUGUAAUCAUUCUCUGGAGGCAGUUUUGGCAGAAGAUGUUAGAAAAGGCUUCUCGCCGGAUGCUGGAUGAUGAAAUGACUGUGAGCCUCUCUCUACCCAGCGAAUCCAAUAUGUUCCACCAUAGUAGCUCCACUCCAUCCAGUGAACAAGAAUCAAACUCCACUUACGACCGCAUAUUCCCCCUUGGAGCUGACUAUCAAGAGCCAUCGCGAUUGAUCCGCAAGCUUCCUGAAGUCAUCCCAGGGGAAGAUGAGGCAGGCUGCAGUGGGAUCACCAAGCCAGCCCAACCAACCGGAGCUGAAGGGGUUCCCCAUUAUGCAGAAGCAGACAUUGUGAACUUGCAGGGAGUCACAGGCAGCAACACCUAUUCUGUACCUGCAAUCACCAUGGACUUACUCUAUGGCAAAGAGGUGGCUGUGGCUGAGUUCCCUAGGAAGCUGUUGACUUUCAAGGAGAAACUGGGAGAAGGACAGUUUGGGGAGGUUCACCUCUGUGAAGUGGAAGGAAUGGAGAGAUUUGUGGAUCAGGAUUCUGUUCUGGAUGGUAGUGUCACCCAGCCUGUCUUACUGGCUGUGAAAAUGCUGAGAGCCGAUGCCAACAAGAAUGCCAGGAAUGACUUCCUCAAGGAGAUUAAGAUUAUGUCCAAGCUGAAGGACCCCAAUAUAAUCCGGUUGCUGGCUGUGUGCAUCAUUGAUGACCCUCUCUGCAUGAUUACUGAAUACAUGGAAAAUGGUGAUCUCAACCAGUUUCUGUCUCGUCAGGAACCCCAAAACGUAUCAGAGAGCUCCACUCCUCCUGUCAGUUAUGCCAACCUGAAAUUAAUAGCUAUCCAGAUUGCUUCUGGCAUGAAGUAUCUUUCCUCCCUGAAUUUUGUUCACCGAGACUUGGCUACCCGCAACUGUCUGGUGGGGAAGAAUUACACAAUCAAGAUAGCAGACUUUGGCAUGAGCCGCAACCUCUACAGUGGGGACUACUACAGAAUCCAGGGCCGGGCAGUGCUCCCUAUUCGCUGGAUGUCCUGGGAAAGCAUUCUUUUGGGAAAAUUCACAACGGCAAGUGAUGUGUGGGCUUUUGGUGUUACACUCUGGGAAACCUUCACAUUUUGCCGAGAGCAACCAUAUUCUCAACUAUCUGAUGAGCAAGUAAUUGAGAACACCGGAGAAUUUUUCAGAAAUCAGGGACGACAGACUUACCUUCCACAGCCUCCAUGUUGCCCUGAUCCUGUAUAUAAGCUAAUGCUCAACUGUUGGAGACGAGAUACCAAAGCUCGCCCUUCCUUCCAAGAAAUCCACUGCUUUCUUCAAGAAACAACCACUUCAUAGUGAUGCUUUCAAAUGCUAUAGAUCACCCCUUCCCCCUACCACAUUACCCUCUCCAAGUUAUACCCAGAACUUAAGCCACUUCACCUUUCCUUCAAUAACACAGCUGGACUCAAAUCAAUCAUCAAAGGAUAGAUGAGAGAGAAAUGGGGAUCUGACCAGGUCUGCCACAUAAUAACCUCAUUCAUGGCACUGUGUUUUGAACUGGUAAAGACUGAAAAAGUUAUUUAUCUUGUAAAUGUUCUAGGUUGUGUGUGUUUUUGUUAAUGGAGUUUGUCUAUGAAAGAGAAGAAAAUUCUUUCUCCCUAAAAAGGAUAUGAAAAAAAAGCUUGAAAAUGGAAUUGAGCUGGAAAUAGGCACAUGAACUUGGAAAGUACUGAAGCAAUUAGUACGGUAGUGUUUUAUGCCACUGCUGUGUGCAAGAGCUGUAAUUGUGUAAGAGGCAGUAAAAGAGCAGAAUGUCAUACUGAACACAGAUUGUGGCUUGGACAAUGCUUGCUGAAAUCUCAAAAGCCAAAGAAGGUACUGAAAUAGAUUUUCUGUGAUUUAGGACAGGAUUUGCUAAUACAGAAUGGGUUGGGUAAAUUUAAAGAAAGUAUGCAAUUUUGUAUCAUUUAACAAAAAGUAUGCAGAUUUUGCAAAAUGUAAUUAAUUUGGGGUGGAACCUAGAUUGCUCUGAGCAGAAUGUUUGUGUUACAAAAAUUUGGAUGUUAUAGAAUAUCUCCCGUUUAUAGUCUACACAUUUCACUCACUGCCCUCUAGAGAAUAGAGUGUGUUGGCCUCUCUCCCUGACUCUUAAUCUGAGUGCUGCCAGAAGAGAAGGGAUACCCCAAUCCUGAUGUACAGAUUGAAAGUUACAAUAGGCAACAUGUAUUUCCACUAUCAUUAGAUAGCAGACAUUGUGUCUAUGGAGAUUCUCAAUCAUCCAGGUCAUGGUUAUCCCAAUUUUUUUUUCUAAAAGGCAACUGGACUUUCUUGUUUUUUUCCCCUUGAAAAUGUUUCACUUCUCAUCCAAAAAGUUUCUUCAGAACUUUUGGAAAAGGAUUUUGGGACAGGUACAGAUAUCUUGAAGAUCAACUAAAAGUCCUUUAAAUAAAGAUGUGCAGUUCCUGAUUGAAAGCAGAGUAACAAUAAAGCUGUUGAUUUUCUUAUGCAAAGCAUACUUCAUACUCCAUUUGUAUAUGCAAUCUCACCAGUCAACCAGGCUUGGCCAAGGCAUUUGAUAGGAGCAUUGGGCCACUGGCCCAGACAUAGAGGCAACUCCCUUCACUUCACUUCAUUAUAUACAAAAACUUGAUGCUAGGUAGAUUCAAAUACAUGUCUUUUGUUCUGAACUUAGGUACUGGAAAAAUUAGUCAAUUCCUCCUGUACUGUACUGCAGUUACCGUAAUGUUUAAGUAUAUCUUCCCCUUGUGGCUUCUGGCUUCCUGUUUGAAUAUCUGACCUUGUUUUUAGCUUAUAGCGGAUAGUUCACAGUCACAAAGAUGGAUUUGCUUUUACCUGGUAUAUAACAGCUGCAAUACAUGCUGCUUUACAGUCAUGCUUUUGGAUGCCCUAGAUGACCUCUCUCAUGGGCUUUAUGUGUCUAAAGUGUGGAAAUCUGUAGAUCAAUUCUGAUUGCCCCCAAAGAAAGGAGAAUAUGUCAAUAAAGAGCAAUGAAAUGCAAUCAGAAUGAUCAAAGGAAUAGAGCAUAUGAGGGUAAAAUAGCAUAUGCUAUAUGAUAGCAUAUAGAUAUAUAAGAUAGCAUAUCUCACUCUUUACUUAAGGACAGAGUGGGACAAACCAGUCAAGACUUCAGUUUAGCUCCUGACCUUCCAGUGGACUAUAAGAAACCUUUUGGUGAUGUAAGGGAAGGGACUAAAUUUGUUUCAGCUUUUCUUUAGAAUAGAAUAGAAUUCUUUAUUAGCCAAGCGUGAUUGGACACACAAGGAAUUUGUCUUGGUGCAUAUGCGCUCAGUGUACAUAAAAGAAAAGAUACGUUCAUCAAGAAUCAUAAGGUACAACACUUAAUGAUAGUCAUAGGGUACAAAUAAGCAAUCAGGAAACAAUAUCGAUAUAAAUCUUAAGGAUACAUUUUUUCAACUUUUUCAAGGUUUUAGGGAUGCUGCUGAAGCGGGACAUCUCCAAGAGGCAAACUGCUCCUUCCCAUCAACACCGAGAAAUAGACUAAAUGGCUAUCUGUGGAGCACAUUUUAAAUUUUUUUGCAUGUAUGUGUGGGGAGAUACCUUCUACUCUUUAAUUACCCAAAUUCCCGAACAAGCAAUUUCAGAUUAGUUUGAAGGUUUGAGAUAUGGGAAUACAGUACAAGAAAAAAAUUGCCCAAAGAUCCUCAUGUUCCCAUUUUUAUCACUUUUUUAAAAAACCCAUUGGUAUUUGGCGCUAUAGUUUCAGGAUGCUAGGGCAUGCAAUUUAGGUCUAAGUGAAUCACAAGCUUUAAAAAUGGGCUUUAAAAAUGGUCAUUAUUAAAUCAUGCGUAGUAUGGGGUUUAAAAAAAUGCAUACAGUUAGGAAGGCCAGUUAAACAAAAAGCAAGAACAUUAAUACAGGACUGCUGCUAGAUCAAACCUCAAAAAUCACUGUGAUGUAGAUUUCUUAUGCUUUUCUUUUGUAUGUGGAAUCUAUGGAAGAGAGGCUAUCAACUGACAGUUGACAUAGAUUGAGUGGUAUUUCAAUAGUUAUAAUUCACAUUAGAUUAUGAACCAUAUUAACAAUAGGUUGAUUCGUGCUUCUUGCAAUCAAAUGUCUUGGAUUUUUUUUCAUUGUGAAUAUAAGACUGAUAUUUUCCAAAGUUUGGACAAGAAAAUCUUUUAAUGCUAUAGAUUUUGUAUGAAAUCAGUGGCUCCUUAUUUGUUUGGUGACAGAAUACUAAGAUGUUGUGAUCUGUAGAUAUGACUUGGAACCAUCAGUUUAUUGCUAGAAAAUCUAGAGCAUAAUAAGGAAUUAAUGGGUGAGUUGCUUCUUUUACAGAUUGUGGGAUCAGUAGACCCUGAACAAAGACCAGAUUGUCUCAAUGACAUUGAAAACCAUCUGGGUACUACAAAAGUAUAAUAGUAUAGUUUAGAAAUAAUAAAAUAAACUUUCUUGGAGUGAUUAGGCAAAGGAGUCAGCCGAGGAGAAAUUGUUCCCUGAAACUUCAAGGCUGGUCUGGCUUGACAUGUUUUGACUGAGAUGAGAAAGUAUGUUUGCUGCACAGUUUUAUCACAUACUGCACAAAUGGAUUGUUGCUGGAAUACAUCUCUGUUUUCUUGGCAUUCAUUUACAAAAGAGUAAAUGGUCUUGGUCAAGGACAGGAAAAGUAAAGUUACCAGCCAGGUUCUUUUAUCUUUAAUGUCUUGGGAGACUCAUGCAUUCCAGUUCUGCUUUUCUGUUUUACUCAUUAAUGUGUAUCUUAUACUGUAGAUAGAAAGUUCUGCACCUAAACCUAGCUUCUGCAAAUUUUACAUUAUUAAUUCAAUAGCAUUUUUUCUUUGUGAUUGCUCAUUUAGGAUGCAGCCAUAGGAAAUUCUUCCCUUUGUACUUAUUUUGUGUUCAUAAACCAUACGAAAAUAACUCACUUGCAGAAUCAGAACAAGGCUAGGAAUGAAAUGGAAUUUGAACUGUUAAAUGUAAAUAGGAAAAUAAGGCAAGAAACCAUCCUUUAUGGACAAUCAAGCUGAAGCUUUGUAAGUAGUGCCUUUCCCCAAGCCCACAAUAUACAAUAGGUGCACAUUUUCAUAAAUUCAUCUAUAAAGCUAUAUUUAAGUCAUAUUUGUAGUGAAGUACAAAUAAAACUGGGGAAAUACAAAUUUUAGAACCUUGAAAGUAGUUCAAGGUUCUAAAAUAGAAGUAGUUUGUAUAAGUAAUUACAGUAACUAGUAAAUGCAGUGUUUUUACGUAUUUUUAAAAAGUAUUCAUUUGUAAACUUUCUGUAAAAUAUCACACUAGAUCGUGAAGCAUAGGUCAGUAAUCUAUAAACUAAAGCAUCUACCAUUAUUUUUUAUGACAUCUGGGCUUUUCCCAAAUUAUGGUAGCAUAGUUUUAAAUAGUAUUUUUUUUUAAAAAAUUAAGCCUGUUAGACUUGAUGUAUUUUAUUGACUCUCUUUAUUUUUUAAGAGGAAUUCCAGACCUCCCAUACCUACUCCUAUAAAAACUGGAGAGCAAAAAAUACCUUUUUAAAAAAUGUAAUUUACAAACGGAGAAGGCUACUCACCCCAUGCAAAAGGCUGUGCACAGCUCAGUGAAUUCUACAACCACAAGAGAGUCUAUGCUGAUUUCCCCCCUCACAUUUACAAUUAUUAUGAAACAAAUUAAUGAAUAGAUUAUAGUAGUCACUGAGUUUAUAAUAUGGCCAAGAAACAUGUAUUAGGGCACAGUUUUGUAAUUUCUAGACAAGUCAGUGAAAUUUCAGAGAUACUUGUAUUUUAUCAUUUUUAUUUAUAAUCAAAACAUAAACCAAAAUGUUACAAUUAAAGGGGAAAUGGAAAUUUAUUCUGUCAAUAUUUUGUUAAGUUCAGUAACUUUAUGCACAUCUGUUCAGGAACAAUGGUUUUUAAAUAAAGAUGACAUAGAGGA